AUGUCUGUCUGCCUCUGUCAGAACAAGCCCACUUCCUCUAGACAGACAUCUGAUCAGUCAAUACGUCACAGACAAAACCGUGGCAGCAGCUGUCAGGGGGCGACUGAUGUAGUUGUGUCUCAAAGUCGCGGCGUCCUUCUGUCCGCGGUGUGCUCCUCUAAUGCUGCGGUCAAGCGGCUGCUCUGUGUUCUGUUGUCCUCCCUGAGGGCAGUCGGAGCAGCCCUGACUGAUGGCUCAUCCAGUCUCUGGCAGCUCCAGCAGCGAGCAGGAGCGAGGAGGGGGCUUGGGGGAUGA